ACAGAAGCCUGAAGCGUGGUCGCGUUUCCCCCACUUAUCCGGACAUAUCCCCGCCGUCUCCGAUGCCAUUUGGAGGAGUCUGCGUUUCUCGCCAGGUUUGGCGUCUCACUGCUUUUUCCUAAUUUUUCGCUCGCGUGCUCCGGCUCAGUCACUGAGCGGCGGCCGUCGCCGAUUGUGGUCUGGGCCCCCUCUGAUGCUCUGCUUCAGACUGCAACCACCGUCCGCAGCCGCCUUCCGCAACGGCACCAGACCACUCUUGUCUCCUGACUCCUCCUCCACACGGCUACAGGGAUCUCAUACACUUGUAUGAAAGUGGAUCUUAUAGGUUAUCAUGGGUUCCUUUUCUGGACUCCUUCAAAGACCGUUGGUUGUCUGGAACCCAUCAUUGCUCCACUGCAGAAAUAGGAAAUUUUCCAGUAGUGGUCUUGCUCGUAAGGUUAAUGACGUGGGAGUUUCUUACUUCAACUCUAUGCAACCCAAAUCUAUACACUGUCAAAGCUGCUUGCUUUCUGGUUCAUUAAGUCAAUCAGAAGAAGGUGAGGAGCGUCCACAAGAAAAACUACCUUCCGUUGCAGGUGGGAUAGUCGCUUUGGGUAAGUUUGAGGCACUUCAUAUUGGUCACAGGGAACUUGCAAUCCAAGCAGCAAAAAUAGGACCUCCAUUUCUUUUGUCGUUUGUUGGGAUGGCCGAAGUACUUGGUUGGGAACCUAGGGUUCCCAUUGUUGCCAAAUGUGACCGCAAUAGAGUUCUCUCAUCUUGGGCUUCGUGUUGUGGUGAAAAGAUUCCUAGAGAAUUCCAAAUUGAAUUUUCAAAAGUUAGAUACUUCACUCCUCGUCACUUUGUUGAGAAGUUGUCAAAAGAACUUGGAGUGCAUGGUGUGGUAGCAGGUGAAAACUACCGGUUUGGAUAUAAGGCUUCGGGCGAUGCGUCAGACCUGGUAAGGCUGUGUAAUGAAUACGGCGUCAAAGCUUGUAUAAUCAAUUCGGUCAUGGACAAGAACCAAGAUCCAGAACACUUGAACCCGUGCUAUCCAAACGAGGUGGGACAGGUCUCUUCCACCCGUGUCCGUUAUGCCCUUUCCAAGGGAGACAUGAACUAUGUGUCACAGCUCUUGGGUCGCCACCAUCGGCUUUUCCUUACAGUCGGAGACCAAGAAAGGUUUUUUAUGAGUGAUGAUAAUAAAAGGCGCACUCUCUCUGCCCCAAAGUCGCGAUUGUUGAAUAUUCCACCAAGGGAAGGUGUUUACGAGAACUGUUCCAUUGUUAUUUUUGGCAAGAAUGUUGUAGGGUGCAGACUUGUCAUUAGCAGUUUAGAUAUUCACUUGGAAUGGGAUAAUCCCCUUACUUGGGAGGAUAAGUAUAAUGUUGUUGGCAUUGACAUUGCUGGGUCUUGAAAAUAGGAUGGGACCCAUCUACGAGGACCCCUUGGAACCUGAUCUGACGGUCACUGAGAGGAGGUAAAUUGGAUUUUGAUCGCAGAUUGGUGGCAAAGAGUGGAGCCUUAGAGCCUGUACCAGGGUCUUGAAGUUGAUGGUGUGAAAUCUAAUGCAUUCCUAUAUUGUUUCAAAUGCAUUUUUGGUUAAACUGAUGGUAGGAUUGUGUUUUGCAGAGAAAGAUGAUAUUUGUAUGGUGUGUAAAAUCUGCUAUUAGAGGAUUAUUGCAUGUUCAAUUGUACAUGGGGGGCCAUUUAGGCUCUUUUU